GCCGGCCGGCGGGGCCGCCCGCGGGGAGGCGGCGGAGCCGAAGGUCGCGGCUGCAGGUGAACGCGGCCGCCGGCAGCGGGACCGCCAGUGCGGUCUGUCGCCCGUCACACUCUGCUGAAGGCUGCCGGACUCUGAGCCCUGAGGACGGUCGCCAUCUGCCGUCCCGGCGCCGCGCCGACGGGUCCUGACAGCUGUCACCCGCACCGUUCCGGGGCGGUGGAGGAGUGGGGCUGCCGAUACUCUCAGCUGUCUUUGACCAGAGCGCGCGGAUUGAAGCGGGUCGUUCUGUUGUCGGCGCUCCUGAUGUGGUGCCUUGCUCUGAUGUGCAUGUUCGCGUCGUAGGUAGCAUUAAGCAGAAGGAGAGCAAAUGGAUCUGCUUCCGGACUCGGCACCACGGGCUACGAAGCUGCGGAAUACUCUGAUUCGGUACCACGGCAUCGGAGACGGAGAAUGGCGGGUGGCGAAGAAAACCAAAGAUGCAACUGUGUGGCGUAAACCUUCGGAGGAAUUCAGUGGAUACCUCUACAAAGCUCAAGGAGUGGUGGAAGAUGUUACUAACAGAAUAGUGGAUCAUAUUCGCCCUGGACCUUAUAGACUAGACUGGGACAGCUUAAUGACUACAAUGGACAUCAUGGAAACAUUUGAAGAGAACUGCUGUGUGAUGCGCUACACCACUGCUGGCCAGCUCUGGAACAUCAUAGCCCCAAGAGAGUUUGUUGAUUUUUCUUACACUACAACCUAUGAAGAUGGGCUUCUAACAUGUGGUGUAAGCCUAGACUUUGAAGAGGUGAGACCUAACUUUGUCCGUGGAUUUAAUCACCCUUGUGGUUGGUUCUGCGUCCCUCUUAAGGACUGCCCUAGCCACAGUCUUCUGACAGGCUAUAUUCAGACUGAACUGCGAGGGAUGCUGCCACAAUCUGCAGUAGACACUGCCAUGUCUAGUACGCUGGCCAAUUUCUACUCUGACCUCAAAAAGGCAUUGAAAGCGUAGACAAACAGUGACUUAAAAGCUCAUGUGUUUUAUGCAAUCAAGUUAUAUUAUUUAGCUUAGCAUAGGUUAGCUACUGAGUUAAAAGGGGAGGUACCUGAAGCUUUAUGUUGAGAGAUCCAGUCAACUUUAGCAAGUACUUUUUGAUGUGAUACUUAACAUACAUUCCUAAUUCAUGGUGCAAGAUUCUGUUCCCUGCCCAGCACUCUGCAGCUGUGUACAGAGUAUGAUUCUAUAAACCCCUGGCUUCCUAAGUAGAAGGCAAUGUGCGUGUGAGGUUGAGAAAUGCAGCGUGAACUCAGCUCUCGCCAGCAGUCUCAGAAAUGGAGCGCUCAGAAUUUUGUUGGUGAGGCUGCUGUACAGGCAGCAUCCCAUUGAAGAUGUAACUUUGUAAUAUAUAUAUAUUUGAUAUUUACUUAUUUUUUUUAGUUAUUUAGUCUGAAUUUUUAAUUUAGUUUUUAGAAGUUUGAUUUAUCAUAUGGAUGUUACGUAGCUAAGUUGUCAUGUGAUGCUAUUCAUAAGAAAGUUAUUUGCUCUUAUUAGCAAGCGUAAGUAUUCAUUAUUGGCAUUUCUUCAAUAUUGUAACUGUAACUUAAUCAACUGUUGUAUGCAACAGUCUUGGUGAAUAGAUAAAGAAAUGCCCUUACAGCUGAUCCAAAGCUCAUUUAAGUCAUCCAAUGUCUUUCCAUAGUUUUUAGUGUGCUUUUAAUCACACAGUUGUCAAAAGAGCAGACCUCCAAUGGUUCUUCUGUGAUAUUCUGCACUUUUAAAUUUUUUUUUUUUACUUAAAUUUGCAUGUAAUUGUGUGUGCUGAUUGUUGUUUUGUUUGUUUGUUUGUUUUUAAAUCCUGGCAUUACUAAAGCAACAGAAAAGACCACUAACUUGCUUCAGGGGUAACCACAGGUGUAGCCACAUCACCACAGACAGACAGUGGGCUGGUACAGCACACUGGAGUGUUCCGUGGCAGUAACCCUAGACUGACCUUUGCAAUAAGUGAAAUUAGCAUCUUGAAACAUGAGCAACUGAAGGCCAAAGCUCAAGCUGUAGAAUUCCUCAGAUCUGCUGAGUACAGAGGGUCAAAUUCUUAAGGAUAUUUAGCCACCACUGAUGUUGACAGGUACAUGACAGGGGCUUGUAAAUGAUUACUGUCUGUACUGCUAGGAACCUGAAUUUUCUUUAAAACCUGACAUUAAACUUUUAAUGUUGGUAUGUGUCAUUCGCUCAGCUGAGAUUGUAGCUAUCCCUAUGCUUUACCAUUGCUUGCAGAGGCAAGUUUACCUUUGUCGUAGUUAGUGUUACAUUUUGAACCAGAGCUGUUCUUUAAUCAGAGUACAUUCAAAACCAAGAAAGCCACAAAACCAAGCACUUCCCUGAUCAGAACCCUUUCCCACCAUGGCAUUGUUUUCUUCCUAAGUUAGUGGACAGUCUACAUGGAAUCCAGACAGGAGAAAAAAAAGCAGUUGAAAGGGCAAAUUACAGGAGCCCAUCUUUUGCAUAUUAAGAGGUGGUGGGACAUAAAGUAGUUACCUAGUAUAGAUUUCUGUCACCCUCACAGCAGCAGAAUUUGUGCAGGUUUGUGAGGUUUUCCAGUACUUGAGUUUAAGAGUGUUUAAGUUACACUGGAAUAUAAUUAUUUAAAAGCAACUUCUGAAUGAGGUGUCCCAAGAGAACAGUUUUUGCUGGGGAAAUAGCAUGUAUAUAGACAGAUCAAAAUUAUUUUUAUAUGACUAGUAUUUUUAAAAAGAAAUUACUUUUUCAGGGGAUAUAGGCAAUAUGAUGGUCUAGCCUUUGGUACUUUAACUAGGUGCUCUGUGUGUAAAUGGGAAGAGUGGCUAAGGAUAAGACAAUUUUAAUGUUUGGCUUUCCGUCCUCCAACAUUAAACCUUGCUGAUAGUUGUGCUCCUUAUUUACAUAUGCAGAAGAUAAAGCUUGAGCUAAGCUCAGUUUGGAGACACUCCAAGGUAUUCUACAGCAGCCUGCUGGGAGGUCAGUACUUCAGUUACUUUGGGAAUGUCACAAGCCUUGAUCUCAAAUUUGGUGAGUUUAUAAGUAUGAGACAUGGUGAAUGUAUGAAACAUGAAAAGAGUGUGUGUAAUUCCUCCAGUAAUUGUAAAUAACUGGAACUGUUUUAUGGUGUGAGCUGGUGAUUCAAUCUGAGAUGUUCAGUGCUGUAGAAUAGCCAUAACUGUAGUGAAACCAGUCAAGUUGUGCCUAAAUUCAGAAAGUCAAAGUUGGUCUGUCUUAACAGUGGUUUUAACUGUGUUUGGCACUUAAAUUGUAUUUAUAUUUUGAAUGCAAUUGCAGAAUAAAUUAAAACAUGCAUUCCAACAGA